AUGGCUCAUCAGCCUCAGAAACGACGCUUGACCCUGAGGUCUGCUCCAGACCAUAGAGAGCACAAGUCGCAAAAGACAUCUCGUACUUCGUAUGAACAAUAUACGAUCGCCUGGAUCUGUGCACUACCAAAGGAAUUGACUGCAGCUCGAGCUGUGCUGGAUAAUGUCCACGAACCGUUGCCCAAGCAGAAAAACGAUACCAAUUCGUAUAUACUUGGCAGCAUAGGAUGCCACAAUAUAGCUAUUGCGUGUUUGCCAACUAACGAGUAUGGAACAAACAAUGCGGUAAACGUGUUGACUAAUCUUACCCGCACGUUUACAUCGAUUUAUCUUAGUCUUAUGGUUGGGAUUGGAGGCGGGGUCCCGGCUGAAGACUUCGACAUUCGUUUAGGCGAUAUUGUUGUUGGUACCCGCGUGGUGCAGCACGAUCUCGGCAAGAUAACCGGAGGAGGACAAAUUCAACAUACUGCAGUCCCAAGGACUUUGGCUCAUUUGAUUGGCAAAGCCUUAUCGCUUGUUCAAGCGGAGCAUCAACCACAUAGCAGCCGGAUUCCACUCAUAUUAGAGGAAAAGUUCAGAGAGCAUCCAGCCUACGCCCGUCCAAUUACAGCAGAUCGCCUUUUCUCCUCAGCAUAUCAACACAACUCUCGGACACCAACCUGCGAUAAAUGCAGCCCUUCUGCACUGGUACGGAGAAGCGAACGGAGUACAGAUAAUCCAUACAUCUAUUAUGGUACUAUCGCCUCAGGCAAUCAAGUUAUGAAAAGCUCGACUGUUCGCGAUAAGGUCGCCCAGGAAUUGAAUGCCAUUUGCUUCGAAAUGGAGGCCGCAGGACUGAACGAUAUCUGUCCCUCUCUGUCGGUGCGGGGGAUAUGCGAUUAUUCUGACUCUCACAAGAGCAAGGAGUGGCAAGAAUAUGCCGCUGCCACCGCUGCCGCAUUUGCAAGAGAAUUCCUCGAAAAGCUUCCCCCGAAAGAAGAAAUCACCGCAAGUAUUGGGCAGCAGGAUCAGCGGCUUCAGGACGAAAAGUACAACAAGUGUUUGCGGGAUCUGCGCGAGACUGAUCCUCGUGAUGACAAGAGCCGUAUCGAAGAAACAAAAGGCGGACUUCUCGAAAAUGCGUACCGCUGGAUUCUUCAAAACGACAAAUUCCAAGAAUGGUACAAUGCCACACAGAGUCAGCUUCUAUGGAUCAAAGGCGAUCCUGGCAAGGGUAAAACAAUGUUGUUAUGUGGACUCAUCAAUGAACUUGAGAAAGAGCACCGUCUCUUGUCCUACUUCUUUUGUCAAGCUACUGAAGCACGUUUAAGUAACGCGACAGCCGUACUCCGUGGUCUGAUCUACCUUCUUCUUGUUCGACGUCCUCCGCUCAUUUCUCACAUCGGGAAGAAGUAUGAUCAUGCGGGCAAGCAGCUCUUUGAGGAUGGCAAUGCAUGGCAAGUUCUAUCCAAGAUCUUCACAGCAAUGCUCGAGGACCCAAUAGUAGAUGGUGUGCUCCUGAUUGUUGAUGCCCUUGACGAAUGCAGUACGGACCAAGAGAAGCUUCUUGAUUUGAUAAUCAGAUCAAACAAUGUCAAGUGGAUCGUGACCAGCCGCAACUGGCCGGAAAUUGAACAGGUCCUAGACCGUUCCACGCAGAAAGUCAGGCUACAUCUUGAGUUGAAUCAAGACUCAAUUUCCAGAGCCGUUCUGGCUUUUAUUGAAUGGAAGGUAGAGGAGUUGACCGAAAAAAAGGGAUAUGACGCACAAUGCAAAAGUGAUGUCAAGAGCUAUUUAGCUGAUAAUGCUGAUGGCACGCUCCUAUGGGUCGCUUUGGUUUGUCGGGGACUGUCGGAACUCAAGGUGAUCCGCAACUGUCACACCAGACAGGUGCUGGAGGAAUUCCCAAAGGGACUUGAACCGCUCUACGAAAGAAUGAUGGGACACAUCAAUCUAUCACGAGAUAAAAAGAUAUGUAAAGAGAUACUCGCUCUUGCUUCUGUCGUGUAUAGACCAGUUACCUUGACUGAGUUGAAAACUCUUCUGGGGUCACAGUACAAGGAUGAGGAUGGUGACCUCAAGGAAGUUGUUAGUUGCUGUGGUUCCUUCCUGACACUUCGAGGGGAUGCUAUCUAUUUCCUGCAUCAGUCGGCCAAAGACUUCUUGGUCAAAAAGGCAUUACACCAGAUUUCACCGUCAGGUCUUGCGUAUCAACAUGAACUGAUCUUCGAGAGGUCAUUGCAGGCACUAUCGGAGACUCUGAAACGUGACAUUUGCCAACUAGGCCACCCAGGGUUUGACAUCAAUGACAUCUCACCGGAAGACCUCGAGCCACUGGAUUCGAUUCGAUACUCCUGCGUUUAUUGGGUGGACCAUCUGCGCGACUCUGAACCCACCAGGCUCAGCGACAGUCUGAGAGAAGGUGGUGACAUUGACUUAUUCAUCCAGAAUAAGUAUUUAUAUUGGCUAGAAUCUCUCGGUCUAUUGGGUAGCACAGUGGAAGGCGUAAAAGCCAUGUAUAAGCUCGAGGAUCUGGCUAUUAGAUUCAGCGCACCAGUCUCAGUGACUGAACUGCUUCAAGAUGCGCGCCGCUUUAUCCUGGCCCAUAAGGGAUCGAUCGAGAUCGCCCCAUUGCAAGCCUAUGCCUCAGCAUUGGUCUUUAGCCCAGAAUGUAGCCGCAUUCGAGAGCUAUUUAAGCAUGAAGAGCCGAACUGGAUGAUUCUCAUGCCAAAGAUGGACAAGAGCUGGGACAACUGCCUACAAACACUCGAGGGCCAUUACGGUGCAGUAAUGUCGGUGGCCGUCUCACCAGAUGAUCAGUUUCUUGCAUCGGGUGGAAACGACAAGACAGUCAAAGUAUGGGAUAUAGCGGCAGGCGUAUGUCGACAUACUCUUGAGGGUCAUGAUGAUACAAUCUAUUCUAUCACCUACCUACCAGAUGGAAAAAGUCUCGCAUCGGCUUCAAACGCUAUCAAGAUAUGGGACACGAAAUCAGGAUUAUGUCUACGAACGCUAGAGGGACACGAUUCACAUGUGAAUUCAGUGGCUUCUUCUCCAGAUGGACAGUACCUUGCUUCGGGAUCUUAUGAUCAGACAAUUAAAAUAUGGAAUUCAAAAACGGGAAGGUGUCUGAAAACUCUUGAAGGCCACUCUGGCAUGGUUACCUCGGUGGCAUUCUCACAAAAUAACCAGCGUCUUGCGUCAGGAUCGUUUGAUACUACCGUUAAGAUCUGGGACAUGAAAUCAUUCUCAUGUCUACAGACACUACAGGCUCACAAUGAUAGAGUAAUGUCAGUAGCCUUCUCGCCUGAUAGUAAACGUCUUGCGUCAGUCUCGCAGCAUGAUGGGAUCAAAGUCUGGGACACAGUAACAGGCUCUGGUCUUCCGAUUCUGGAAGACUCCUCUCCUUUCGGGGUCGCAAUAGCUUUCUCAGCGCAUGGUGAAUAUCUCGCUUUAGGUACGAGUGAUUGUAUGAUAGAGCUAUUUGAUGCAGAAACCGGCACAAUCCUAGAGACUCUAAAGGGCUUAGUUCGCCCUGUAACGUCUCUGGCCUUCGCGGCUGAUGCGCCGCAUCUUAUAUCAGGCUCAGAGGAUGAUUUAGUCAGGAUCUGGGAUGUAUCGAUCGAUGCAUGCCCGCCAACAGUUGAAGAUCAUGAUGGAUGUGUGAACUCUAUCGCCAUAUCAGCAGACGGUUUGCGAGUCGUAUCAGGAUCUGAUGAUAGUACUGUCAAGAUCUGGGAUACAGAAACAGGAAUAUGCCUACAGACACUUGAAGGCCAUUGCGGCCUUGUAAGCUAUGUGGGCUUUUCUGCGGAUAGCACACGCUUAGCAUCAUGCUCAUAUGACCGGACGAUUAAGGUCUGGGAUGCUAUAGCUGGCACAUGCCUCCAUACAAUACAGGACGAUAGGUCGGUAGAAUCAGUGGCUUUCUCAGCAGAUGAUCGAUACCUUGUAUCAGUUUCAAGGCCUCACAUAGCCAAGAUCUGGGACGCAGCGACGGGUGAAUGCUCACAUGUAUUUGAGCAUAAUGAUAUAUUGGCCUCAGUGGCCCUCUCAGUCGACAGCCGGUGUCUCGCAGCCGGCUUUUACGAUGGGAUGAUUAGGAUUUGGAAUAUCAGGGAGCACGAUUUCAAAAUGCUUCAGGGACACACCUGGCCAAUAUCAUCAGUAGCCUUCUCAGUGGGUUCCCAGUAUCUUGCAUCAGGCUCGUCCGAUGGCCAAGUCAGGAUCUGGGAUUUAAAAAGAGGCAUUUGUCUGCACACAAUCUACGUCGAUUCAGGCCAUCAUCGCCUGUCCUUCGACUCGUGGACGAACUCUCAGCUCUAUACGGACGUCGGUAUUCUGGACUUCGAAGUACCAAACCCAACGCCUAAUGUUAACGCCGAGUCAAUUGGGAUCACUGCCUUACCAGCCUCUGAUCGGUCGAGUCACUGUAUCAAGAUUGAUGGCGAAUGGAUUAUGAAGCAUGACGAGAACUUACUUUGGCUCCCUCUUAAUUAUCGUCCCAAAGUGUCGGCUGUCUUUAAAUCGACUGUGGCUGCUGGCCUAGAUCCAGGUCGAGUACUAAUAAUGAGAUUUUCUGAAGAUAGUGGUAGUAGGUCGUGUAAAUAG